GGCGUUGGGCAAGAAGCCGAGCAGGCCGAGAGGUGCAGAGAGGAUGCGGCCGGCGGCAACUGUCCGGAGCUGUGCACGGUGAUUGCCUCCCCCGGAGGAGGAGUUGCCUGUACCAUUGCCACAUUUUUUUUUGUUUUCCUCCCCACCUCACACCCCCUCCCCCCGUAAUUACAUUGGCUGCUGGAGGGGACAGGAGAGACGGAGGAGGCGCCUCGCUUCCCCCCGUCGAGCCCGCCACCCCUGCUCUUUCCCGUCCCGGGCCAGGAUGACUGGAGUCUUUGACAGUCUGGUGGCUGAUAUGCACUCGACCCAGAUUACGGCCUCCAGCACGUACCACCAGCACCAGCAGCCCCCAAGCGGUGGUGGCGCUGGCCCGGGCAGCAGCAACGUCAGCAGCCUCCACAAGCCUCAGGAGUCGCCAACCCUCCCGGUGUCCACAGCUACCGACAGCAGCUACUACACCAACCAGCAGCACCCGGCGGGCGGAGGCGGCGGCGGGGGCUCGCCCUACGCACACAUGGGUUCCUACCAAUACCACGCCAGCGGCCUCAACAAUGUCCCUUAUUCCGCCAAGAGUGGCUACGACCUGGGAUACACCGCCGCCUACACCUCCUACGCACCCUAUGGGACCAGUUCGUCCCCGGCCAACAACGAACCUGAGAAAGAGGACCUCGAGCCUGAAAUUCGGAUAGUGAACGGGAAGCCAAAGAAAGUCCGGAAACCCCGCACCAUCUACUCCAGUUUCCAGCUGGCGGCUCUUCAGCGGCGUUUCCAAAAGACCCAAUACCUGGCACUGCCUGAGCGAGCCGAGCUGGCCGCGUCCCUGGGCCUCACCCAGACUCAGGUCAAAAUCUGGUUCCAGAACCGCCGAUCCAAGUUCAAGAAGAUGUGGAAAAGCGGUGAGAUCCCCACGGAGCAGCACCCUGGGGCUAGCUCCUCGCCACCCUGCGCUUCGCCGCCGGUCUCCGCGCCAGCCUCCUGGGACUUCGGCGCGCCUCAACGGAUGGGAGGCGGCGGCGGCCCGGGCAGCGGAGGCAGUGGCGCGGGCAGCUCCGGCUCCAGCCCUAGCAGCGCGGCCUCGGCCUUCCUGGGCAACUACCCGUGGUACCACCAGACCUCCGGCUCCGCCUCACACCUGCAGGCCGCCGCGCCGCUGCUGCACCCGGCGCAGACUCCGCAGCCACACCACCACCACCACCACCACCACCACAGCGGCGGGGGCGCCCCAGUGAGCGCCGGCACGAUUUUCUAACCCCAGGGAGACUGCGCCAAAGACUGAGAGCAGAGACCCGAUAGUGCUCGCACCCAAGCCGGAAGGUCCCUCCAGCUGGCCCCCCAUGCCACCCCUACGGGAGGUGAUGGCCCGGGACGGCCUGCCCCAAGCCCUGCUCCCUCGCGUGGCCACCGAGCGGCUGGGAAUGUGCAGGCUCCUCUCGGAGGCCCCCGGCUGCUGCCGCGGGCCACGGCCGCCCUCGCGACCUGAGCCCCGCCUCAGACUUGCCUCCCCUCGCCUCUCUUCCCGGCGAGGCUGUCCGGCGCCUUUGUCGCCUCGGGCCACGAGCUGAGUCCAGGAAAGGGACUCCUCCCCCGCCCGCGAGGCUUCCCAGGCGCUCUGAAGCUCCUUUCUCCUCGCCAGCCCCCAGGCUCGGCGCGGUCCGCCCGGGUUACUGACCUCCUGGAUCCCGCCUGGCGGCCCGCCCUCCCCCACUCCCCUCGGUGACCCGGGCGGCCCGCCGCCUUUUCCCUCUCUGCGGUUUCCAGCCCUUGGAGCCCCAUCCUUCUCCCGCCUUAGCUCUCUCCCAGCCAGGAACUCUGCCCCUUAGCUCUCUCCUCAUUCAUGACCAGUGGAGUUUUGUUUUUAUUUUUUUAUUUUUUAAAAGUUUAGGUGCCUUUGCGGAUGACCUCAUUUUGAUGUUGGGGAAAAAUGAUUUUUUUAAUAUGUGGACACUGCAAAAAAAUGUGUUUAAAUUAUCUUUUUUAAAAACCUAUUCAGGAUUACUAGCCUGGACUUCGACAUGGAGUUUGUAAAUAAAGGUGUCUGUGCAGAUUUUCCCACUGAUUUAUUUGUACAAAAACACUCAUCUUUUCAGACUUUUUUGUAAGCCCCCACUUGUGAAAACUGCGGAUUAGCAGUGACCUCAGAAGCCCCUCCGGUUCAGAAAAUUUUCUGUUAAACUAAGCUACUGAUUUGGGUUUGUUAUAUCUUAUCCUAAAGUCUUUGUUCUUGAAAUGAAAGGUAUUUUGGGGUUAUUUAUUAUGAAAACAACAUGCUCUUAAUGUUGAUUUUACAAUAUGAAGAGAUUAUUUAAAUAAAUUAUUGUUUUCAUGGGA